AGUUCUCUCCGCCAUCCUCAUUGCUACGUGUUGGUCUUUUGACUCAUUCGAAGCGAUUGUUUCCUCGUGCAGACUAUUAGUUUUCUAAUUUCUACAUCGAGGUAGAUCAUCUACUUUGCUAAUCAUUUCGUAAUGGCUUUACAUAAUUUCAACUACUUUCGACGUUCCCAAAAUUAGGCAACCAAAAAUACACUAAGGAUCUCUAAGUACUUUUAGUAAAAAAGCUGUUUUAUAUGUUAUCAAAAAAACCAAGAUUAUCCUGUAUCGUAUCAAACUUUAUUAUUUAUAUUAGACCUGUGUUACUUAUACAUAUAUUGGUGGUUCUCAAAAAUAUGAGACAAUUUUUAUACAUAGUUUUAUAUCGAUUAUAAAUAAUCGACUAUUUUUGUCAAUAAUAUAACCCCACUUUUUAGUUGUAGAUAUGAUCACUACGAUCAAUGUAUCUAUGAAAACAAAUUAUGGGUGUAUAAAUGUCUAGUAUGCAUAUUAAGUGAUAAAGUGACUAGUAACUAGUAUGAAUCAUUCGAUUUAUUUUUUUUAAAUAGUAUUACUUUCUUGUUUAGUUGAAUCUACUUUUCAUUUGUUCUGAAAAUGGAGGUUUCUGAAGUAAACUCGGAUCUAACAGAAACUCUGAAAUCAUUGAAAUGCAUAAUCUGUGGCCUCACGUUAUCAAUUCCACCAAUCAUGACUGUUUCUGACAAUGAAUAUCAAUGCGGAAGAUGUAAGGAUAUUAAAUAUGCAGAUGGAGCUCGGAGAAACUUAAUCUUCGAGAGGGUAGCAAAAUUCUUGAAUUUUCCAUGCGUUUAUCCAAAUUGUGACGCAUUAAUUUCUUGGAAGGACGUAGAAAACCACGAAAAAUAUUGUCAAUUUAAAACGAUAACAUGUCCAAUGUUUCAAGAAGGGUGCAGUGAACAAAUAAUUCUAUCUGAUAUAACUUCACAUUUGGUACAAAGACAUGGCAAUAAUAUAUUUUUCGAUAAUAUUGUCAUACCUGUUCAAAUGUUUAAACAUUAUGUGUGUGUUAUUUCUGUAAAUUCUUGUUUGUUUUUUGUAUAUAUUUGUAGUGAUAAAGUGAUUGUAACUUCAGUUAAAUCUAGUGAACAGACGUUAAACUAUACACUUAAAUUGCAGAAUAGUAAUGAAAAUUCUCCUAUAAUAACAUUCAAAAAACAACCAAUUGAGGAAUUUGAUGAAAGAAAACAUUGCUUCAGAUGUAUUGACAACCGAUGUGAUUUAAAAUAUCAUCCGUAUUCUUCGUCCAAUCAAUCAAUUGGUGUAAAAGCAUUUUCUUCUUGCAUAACAAAUCCAAUUAGCAAAGAUUUUUCAUUUAAUCAGUCAAUGUUGUCUACAUCUCUUGCAACGACUAUGCCCUCUCCCUUAUUCGCAACCAAUAUUCUAAAAUCAAAUAGUAGUUCUAAUCAAACUCAAUGCUCAACUACUUGGUCGUCUCCUAGUUACAUAGAGCAAGUCAAUAAUUCCCGUAUUUUUCAACAUGCGAAAAAAAGUGAAACCAAACAGAUACAGGCAACUACAAAUAGUGGAUAUCAACCAAAUGUAUGUACAAAUGAACGAAAAAUAAAACAAGCUAUAUGGAAUACUGUACCUUCAACAACAUUUUUCAAUUCAAAUGGUCUGAAUAAACCCAUAUUUUCAAAUUCUACAGAGUAUUUGAAAACUUCUACCAAUACAAAUUGUAAAUCCUCUGAUGAAAAGUCUACUACUACCAGUAUUAGUUCAUCAAGUUCUAGUUCUAUAAUAUCUUUGGCAUCCGAUAAUAUUAUUUCCACUGCAAAUAAAAGUCAAAACCAAAAAAUACCUGAUAUGACAAAUACCGUAAAUCAUUCAUUUGAAAAUGCGAAAAGUUUUGAAACACUAGAAGACACCAAUUUACCCAUAAUUAAAUGCACCAAGUUUAAUCUCGAAAACAUCUAUAAAUUGAUAGGGAUAACGUCGACUAUAAAGUUUACAAUAAUUAUAGAAACAAAUGAAGAUGCUGCAAAUGAAAGUUCCCUAUCGUCUGAUAAUUCGUUCAUACCACGUCAUUUGUUAAACACUAUUGAUAAUUCUGAUUUAUUACGUAGAACAUUGGAAUGCCCUAUUUGUACCGAAUAUAUGGUCAGUUCGAUUUUCCUUUGUGAAAGGGGACAUCACAUUUGUAGUAAUUGUAAAAUAUUGAAUAAUUGCCCUUCUUGUCAAGGGGUUAUUAAGGAUGCUAGAAACUUCGCAUUGGAGGAUUUGGCUGAACACGUUAGUCUUUGUUGUGUUUUCAAAGAAAAAGGUUGUAGAUACCGUGGAAAUAUAUCGAAUAUUUCUGAACAUGAAAAAAAUUGUAAUUAUUCUGAAACUAAUUCAAAUUGAAUCAUUUUUUUCAACUAACUUGGUUUUCGUUAUAAUUUUAAUAAAAUGUUUACUUUCAUUUUUGUUUUUUUUUAAUAGUGUGCAAUGCGUGGUACACUACAAGUCAAAAUUGUUUGCCCUACCUAUAGUUUGCGUGACCCGCAACAAACAAAAACAAUAUGAUCGAUUUUGAUAUUUAUAUCUUAAAGAACAUAUAAUAAUUUGAAAAUUCCAGUGUUGACAGAAAUAUUUUUAAUUUUACCGUCUACGACCUUUGCAAAAAUUGUGAAUUGAUUGAAUCGUUAUAUAAAAAGCAGGACUGAACUGGUGCGAAUAUAUUUAAAGACACAUUUUAGUUUAUUUUAAUUAUAAAGUGAAGGGAAUAAAUAUUACAAUGCUUGAGUAGCCAUGUCUGACGACUGUUGACGCAAAUUCUAGGUGGCGACAUCUAUUAGGAUUUAAAUUUAACUUACGCUACUAAACAAUCAUUAUGAAAAAAAAAAGAAACCAAUACUU